AAGGACUGUCGCGAGAGAGGGGUUCGGGCGGCUAGAUCCACAGGCAAGGGUCAAGGUUCGACGUCGCCGUUUUGGGGUGGGAGCGAAAACGGUAAGGUGGGGGAGCUGAAAAACAAGUCUUGGAGCCGGUCGAGCAGGUCGAGAUCUGGAGAAAUGGCUCCAGGACAGAGAGCAGGAUUGACCAUCUGCCACAGUGGAAGUUAUUAUACGCAUGCAACAUCGCUGCACGUAUGGCGAUUGGCGGUUUUUCUUUAUAUUUAGAUUUUCCUGCUUUUGUUGGUGUAUUCUUUCCUCAAUCCUGCUUCAUGCGAUCACACGCUGUUGCGACACUGUUGCGAUCUCGGGUUACGGUUUCAUGGCCGGGAUGGUGGGGUUCCCACCCAACUGCUGGGUCGGCGUCCUGCUCCUGUGUGUGCCCAGGCGCGUGCUCAUGAAAAUUGAGAACGGAUGGGGGAAAACACCAGGCGUGGCUGGCCGGCGUGCACAUGAGGGUUGGAGCUGGUAUUUAUCGCCCAGUAGAAUCGCCAGUAUCAUUAGCUGGUGUCACGCGAGCUUCUAUGUAGAUCCUGCCUGCUACGAUAAUCACUGGGAUAGAGGGCCAAGUUGUAGCCGUCCGGACAUCCGACCAGACCAAGUCCGGGAAGGCGACCUCAUGGAGACGAUCCCCGUAGUGUAUCGCAAGGCGGCGAUUUUCUGUCUCUCCUCGACAAAUCGAUGGUUCCAUUUUCCGAGAAUCAAUUGUCAUAAACAAUCCAAAACAUAUCUCAAAUAUGGCGUCUGCUCCACUGCCCGAAGUACCUGACGCCGGCCUGGUCAAGCGAUCGGUCGUGUCAUGCUUCAUCUUUAAAUUCGGUGACUACGGGCGUGCCGAGGUCGCGCUCUUCCAACGCAGCGACAAAGUCCGCACCUACCAACAUCUUCUCGCCCCGAUAUCCGGCUCCAUAGACAAAGAAGACUCGUCCCCGUUGUCUGCUGCCUGGCGCGAGCUGGGCGAGGAGACCAAGCUGACGAGCCGCGAGCUCGAGCUGCUGCGCCACGGGAAGCCCUACACCUUCACCGACGCGACUGCCGGUCGCGAAUGGACAGUGCAUCCUUUCGCCUUCCGCCUCGUCUCCGCCGGCGAUGCCGCCGCAAUCGUCACCGACUGGGAGCACGAGGCUUGGGGUUGGCACGAUCCGUUGCGAGUAAUCGAGGGCGCCGGCGAAGGGAUCCAGGGCGUCCCGCGGCUGGCCGAAAGCCUGCGGCGUGUCUACUUUGAGGCUGAUCUCGGCUCGGAGGCGGGCGCUGCGCUGGCACGCGGGCUCGAUCGCCUCAGAACCGACUACCAGAGCGGGGCCCGGCAGCUGGCGGCCGAGGCGCUGCGGAUUCUAAGGGACGUUGUGGCACUCCUUCCGGACAAUGGCCAUGGUAACAAAAGCGACGGCCCGAUGCCGCUCUGGUGGUCCAAUGUGCGGUCUACAGCGUGGCAUCUGUGGAAAAACGGGCGCGAAAGCAUGGGAGCGGCUAUACUCGCCGGAGUUCUCGAAGCUCUGCAGGCUAUCGAUUCCACCCUCCACCGCCCCGGGCUCGGACAGUCCUCGACUGAAGCUGGGGAAGCUGGUGGAGGCAAGCGAUGCGAAAAGCUGGUUCAGUGGCGUGAGAUUGUGGUGGGGGAACUCGACAAGCUACUUGCACAAAGGGUUGACCGCGGUAGCCAUGUGGCCGAGGAGUUCGCCCGCUUUCUUCGGACGAAGUUUGGGGCCGAAAGGCUUGCGGACCCUCAGCGACCCAUCUCGAUACUGACUUUAUCGGACAGCUCGACCAUCUCGCAGAGCCUGCACUGCGCUAUGCUCAAAACAGGCAUGUCUUUAGACCUGCGGGUUCUCGAGUCGCGCCCACUCUUUGAAGGCCUCUCCCUUGCCGCGGCUGUGGCCGAGAGGGUGUCAGGGAGCAAAGCGCAGCCCACAGAGCAAGGAAGUGGAUCCGGAGGCGAGAAGCAGAAUGAGUUAACGAGCAAGCUCGGCAUCACAAUGUUCUCAGAUGCUGCGAUGGCCAUGGCAGCCGAGGGUGUGGACUUGGUCCUCAUCGGGGCCGACCGUAUCUCGGCUUCGGGGGCCGUCAGCAACAAGACGGGAUCUCUUCCUGCUAUUCUUAGCACACGCUAUGUGGUGGGGGCCUCUGCCACGGUGGUGGUUAUCAGCGAGUCUGACAAGGUGGCGCUCCCGGGCGAUCCUGGAGAGCAUGUGGUGGAAGACAAUGGGCCACGACAAAUGUUUCUCGCUUGGGAGCCAGAGCAUAACAGCAGUCGGGUCCGCCACGCCGCGGGCAUGAUAUUGUUCAAAAUGGCCACAUCGAGCGGACCUGCGGCGAGGGAUGGGGGCGAGGGGAAGUGGAAUGACGGGACGAGGACGGAGCAGGCAGCAGCACUCGGGGGCCUCAGGGUCGCGGUCAGGAACGUAUCGUUCGAGUGGGUGCCGCCGACUCUCGUCGACAUCUACGUCUCUGAGCGUGGGGUCUGGACCGUUGAUGACAUCACUGAACGGUCCAAGGCGCUGGCGGCUGAGGUCGAGAGGCUCUUUUCGGAUCUGUAAGGUGCAAUCCAGUCCCAUCGUUCCUCCGCGAUAUAAAUAACAGGGCUGAGGAGGGGAGAAGUUGAGCGCGGGGUGAUGUGGAGAUGAUGAAGGAUCGAUUCUUCACAAGGCAUGUGUCUCCGUGCUAGCGGGGUGAUUGCCUAUCGGGGACACCACUGCGAACUCACUGAGCUGGUGGUUACAACGUAGUAUUAACACAGCACGACACUUGCAGCCGGCAACAGGCACUACAUAGUGGUACCUGAUAUGUCAAGCUUUGAGUUGGGGCC